CACACGGUUACAUAGUGUUACAAAACAUUUUAGUGUUUUUAUUGAUUUCGAGAGCAAAAUUGUAGUCAUAUUUUAUCUUAUUCGAUUGCGCGACUAGUUUAUUUUCUGGUAUAUCAUUGUAAAAGGUAUCGUAAAAUGUUAAUAGUGUGGUUCUUCGAUGAUGUGUUGGACUGUUGACUGUAUGGUGUUCGGGCGUGAGCAAGUGAAUAUCCGGAACAGUUACAUGUUUUGUAGUUAAUUCGUUCGCCCACUCACUAGUUGAGGCACCUGAUGAGGUUUCGUAGUACACAGUGAUGUUAUUGAACUGUCCAUAGUGAGUGAUUUAGUAAAAAUGUCUUUACAAAAGAGCGUAAAAAGUGCAAGUGGCGAUCGUAGUGAACAGGCUGAUACCACCUCCAUAUGUUCAUCUGUGACCACUCAACCGGACAGGCAUGGCUUUUUCGGAGGCGCUCAGUACAGUCCUGAACCCAAACGGACUGUGUCACCGAGCACAAUCCUGAAACGUGAGCAGAAAUGGUUGAGAAUGCUCGAAAAUUGGGAAGCCUUCAUGAGCAAGAACUACAAGAAAGUGCGCGAGCGCUGCCGGAAAGGCAUACCAGCAUCCGUCCGACCGAAAGCAUGGCUGUACCUCUGCGGCGGCCAGCUGCUGUUACAACGACACCCUAACGAUUACGAAGAACUGCUACAAGCCCCUGGAGACCCCAAAUGCAUGGACGAUAUCAGGAAGGACCUUCACAGGCAGUUCCCGUACCAUGAAAUGUUCAUUAGAGAAGAAGGACUUGGACAACAAGAACUAUUCUCUGUGUUGAAAGCGUACUCAGUACUAAAUCCAAAGGUGGGAUACUUCCAAGCACAAGCGCCGGUGGCAGCAUUCCUCCUAAUGCAUAUGCCAGCUGUGCAGGCUUUCUGGUGCCUCGUUAGCAUCAGCGAUAAGUACCUCAGUGGAUACUACAAUCCUGGGUUGGAGGUUCUCCAACGUGACGGUGACAUUCUCCACGCGUUGCUGCGAAGAACAGCGCCCGCAGUCUACAGACAUCUGAUGAAACACAAAGUGGAGCCUGUGCUCUAUGCUACCGAGUGGUUCCUGUGUGCGUUGACCCGUACUCUUCCCUGGGAUAGCCUGUUGAGAGUUUGGGACUGCUUCCUUUGUGAAGGGGUUAAGGUUCUAUUCAAAGCAGCGUUAGUGAUCUUAGCAGGUGCCCUAGGCUCUGCCAAAGUCCGUAAACGCGCGUCCGGCCUAUGCGAGACACUAGAAGUACUACGACACCCGCCAGAGAGCAUAUUGACGGAGGAUUAUCUGAUGUACCACAUGCAGCGCCUUAACCUUACUGAGGAGGACUUUGAAUUUGAGCACCAGAGGCAGACUGCGCGAAGACGGGCUAUGGCUAAUAGAAGUGGCAGCUGAUUCAGCGACUGCUCCUACAAGCGUUAUUCGAAGAAUAACGCUAGGGACAUCUUCAACACGCUAUAAGCGACUCUAAAGAACUGCGACUGAUCAAACAUUACGUGAAGUGAUAGUGUACCAUCGGUAUACAAAGUGCAAGUGUGUUCUAAUUUUGUUGGUAAGUGUAUCUUAUAUAUCUUUUGAAAUUGUUAGGUUAUGUUGCGAUUGGGCGUCUAUAUAUCGAGUCUGCCUUUCUGGAUUAAAUGCAACACUAGACAACCAUUUAUUUCAACUCCUGGUGAAAAAAAUAUUUACAAAUAGUUUAAUGUAAUUUUUAAAGGCAUGUAGUGAAUGGCAAACCUUUGACUCCUGUAUUGUGCCUAAGUGGAUUUAAAUUGCGAGAUAAAGUUUGCCAUUCAGCGUCCUACGUUAUUGGAUGUGGAUAAUCUAACAAAAAAAUGUCAUCUACCUGGUGUAGCUUAUAUACAGAAUAAUUAAGUACCAGUAUUUUUGUCUCAUUUUGGUACCAAAUUAGGAAUAUCACACCAAACUUCCAUAUAAAAACAAGUCUGUUUAAAAUAUCUUUGCAUGCAUGAGUAGUUAUUAGCUUUAUUCUCGAAUUUCCAGCACGAUUACUAUAUGUAUAUCGUAAUCGUAUGUUUAUUAAAUAUAUUGCUAGUUGACUAUCAAACAUGUUGAGUCAACCUGUUGAAUAAGUUUGUUAGUGAAUAGACUGCGAGCUAUUUGUGUUUGGUGCAAUUAAACUAGAGUGCUAGAGUUUUUGUGAAGAAAA